AUGGCUGCCAGCGAGUCAUCCAGGUACCUGGCACGGUCAUUGCCUCGCGCUUUCGUGCCCUCUGCCCGUCCCCAGGUCUCCUGUUGGUGCCGCAAUGCCUCCAGCCAGGCCUCGUCCAGGUCGCCUGCCGCCGACCUGAAUGAGCUGGAGUCUUCGGGGGCAUUGACGUCUGCGGUGUCCAUCCCCGAGUCGACAGUGAAGUCGUUCGACCCCGCUUCAAAAGCCAAAGGCCGCAAGAAGCAACUGCCGCGAAGUCGUUUCCGAUCUCCCAAAUACGAUCGCGGUCCGCUUCAUCCUCACCGACUUCCGCCCCCAUCCGAAUCUUCAUCUCGUCUCUACGUCCCCGGCCCUUUCUCGCUCCCGCGCGUCGACCAGACCUACCACUCGACCGUCGCCUCGGACAUCCUCACCCUCUGCUACGUGCACAACCCACCGGGCUUCAAGCCGCCGCCGAAGGCGCCGCGUCUCCGCUCGUGGGAUGAGUCCUCGCCGUACCACAAGAACCGGCCGCUGCGCGGGCCGCGCGGUGGUGACGUGCUGCGUCUCCUGCGCAAGCCCAUCACCUUCAACAACAUCCCCCAGCUGGAGCGCAUCACGAUCCACAGCUACGUCAAGCAGGCCGCGCAGGAGAACUCGUCGUGGCUGCACGUCGCUGGAAUGGCCGUACAGGCCAUCUCCAACUCGCGCGUUGACACCUUCAAGUCCAAGACCAGCGUGGCCACCUGGGGCAUUGCCCCCGGCCGUGACACCGUCGCCGUCAAGGCCGAGCUCCGCGGCGAGACCAUGCUGCAUUUCUUCGGGAAGCUCGUCGACAUCGUCAUGCCCCGUAUCAAGGACUGGGAGGGCGUCAAGGGCUCGAGCGGUGACAGCAGUGGUAACAUCACUUUCGGUCUGGAGCCCGAGAUGGUCGCCCUGUUCCCCGAGAUCGAGGUCAACUAUGAUAUGUACCCGCCCAAGAUGAUCCCCGGUUGUCAUAUCACCAUCCACACCUCUGCGAAGACCGACAAGGAUGCUCGGCUCCUCCUCAGCGCUAUGGGUAUUCCGUUCUACGGAAAGAUGGUGGACUAG